AUGGAGAAUGCGGCCAACAAACUUCUGGAGACGGCCAGCCAUCGCACAAUGCACGCUGUUGGCUUUUCGCGUGCUUCAGCUCAAGCCUCUGCAGUUCUCACCGACCUAUUGGCGCGUUAUGUGUCUUUAGCAGCACUGACUUGCGCAAAAUAUGCCCAACACGCCGGUCGGACGACCGUGUCUUUCACGGAUGCACUCGAGGCCUUGGAUGAGAUGGGUUUCAGUCUGGAGGACUUGAUUGGGUACAUGAGGGAGGGGAAGGAGCUGUCACGAUACGCUCUUUACUCGGGAAGGAGGGUUGAGGAGCUACAUGAGCUGAGGGCUCAUUUGGGGCGGAGAGUAAGGGAGGACUCAUUCCCACUCAAAUUCCAAGAGUAUGAUGGGCAGGAGGAAGACGAGGGAAUGGAAGUAGAUAUGGAGGAAAUGGACAGCGACGAUGAACCGCCUUGGAAAAGGCAGCGGACAAUGGACUGGGAGGGCCACAUUCCUGACUUCCUACCGCCAUUCCCGGCUACCGAAGUCCCUGACUCGCCCCGCGCGGAAUCUCCACCUCCAAUGCACCCGAUGGGUACAACUGGCGCGCUUGGCUUACAAAUGACGGCGCUGUCUACUUCUGCUGCCGAUUACCUUGAACAGGUUCCCUAUGACGAGUCUACACUGGCCGAUGUCCCCGCUUGGCAUUUGCCUGGAACGGCUCCUGCUGCUCCCCCAAAGCUUCCAGCUGCGCCGACACAGACGACCGAAUUCGCGCUCUACAAAGCUUUCCACCAUAUCCUCAAAAACCCACAACGAACACCUGGUCAAGCAACACCAAUGCGUCACCGCGUCGUUGUGGCUUUACUCACUUACACUCAACUUAUUCCAAGAUGGGACCUGCCAGACUCUAUGUAUGCUUCAUCGAGCCAUGCCCCACCUCGCGCUUGGCCUAUAGUGCCUACAUUCGCGAUCCCCACUUCCGACUCGGUUGCCCCGCGAAGAUUCCCAGCUUCAUCACGAAUAGUCGCUGCUCCAGACCGACUUGUUCCUGUUGUUGGCGCUCAAGGCUCUCGCUUGCCUGAUCUGGCGCGGCGUGUUUUACCACCACAAAUAUAUUCCCGUGUCACGCGACUUGUUCAUCCACCCGUUCUCAGUCGAGGUCCUCGAAUGUUGACAUACGGCUAUCCAGCCCCUGCGCCUUGGAACUCUUUCGAGGACAAGAGUUCAAUAAACGACAAAGACCGUGAACCGCCACGAUUGCCAGAUGCACAACUAUAUAUGACCUGGGAGUAUGACGCGAAGGACUUUAGGGCACCAUUGCGUCGACCCCGAGGGUCAACAACCGCCAACAGCAGUAGCGCCCAGCCGCAGAAUUCCAAACGAUCUAGUCGUGUUAUCGUCUAG